UGCCUUGUCACUACAUACAAAUAAGUUUACUCAUUUUCUACUCUUCACCAAGUCAGUGUCGAAAUUCAUUUAGUCACCCAUAGUCAAACUCGCCGGAAAAUCAAGAUUUCCGACGGAGCUUCAAAUGGGUGCAAUAAAGCUUGCAAUAGGCGAUGCAAUACUGACUUUCAUGUGGGUCUUCCUUGCUUCUACGUUGGGGACGAUAACUUUCAUGAUCGGCACUUAUCUUGGUGUUGAAGGCUUGUUUUUUGAUCUGUUUUGUAUGGCCUUUCUUGUACUUAUUAUGUUGUUUCUGUUUGGAUUUCUUGCUGAGGCUUUGGGCGGCGCCAGCUUUAAUCCUACUGAUUUUGCUGUGUUUUAUGCUGCUGGUGUUAGGAAUGAGUCCUUGUUCUCUGCUUCUCUCAGGCUUCCUGCUCAGGCAGCCGGAGCUGCUGGCGGCGCAUUGGCAAUCAUGGAGCUGAUGCCAGCACAGUAUAAGCACAUGGUAAUGGGGCCUUCUUUGAAAGUUGAACUGCACACCGGAGCAAUUGCUGAGGGGGUGUUGACCUUCGUAAUUACCUUUUUCGUACUCUGUAUCAUCCUCAGGGGUCCUAAAAAUGCACUUUUAAAGAAUUGGUUGCUUGCCAUGACAACUGUGGUAAUAGUUUUCGCCGGUGCCGGUUAUACCGGCCCUUCCAUGAAUCCUGCCAUCGCCUUUGGUUGGGCAUAUGCAGAUAAUCGACACAAUACAUGGGAGCAGUUUUACGUUUACUGGAUAUGCCCAUUUGUUGGGGCCAUAUUAUCAGCUUCGCUUUUUCGUGUUAUAUUCCCACCCCAAAUAGUAAAGAAGAAGAAGGCCUGAAAGACGACUCAACAUCCAUUCAUCUUUACUUUUUAGAAACUCAUUACCAGAUCCUGUAGAUUCUAGAUACUGUAUGUUAUUGUGUUCUAAAGCAAUGAACUUCUUCCAACCAAGUGCCUUAGUUAACUUUCCAUUGUAACUUCAAACUAGUCUAUAACUUAGUAAGUUGGUAUAUUUGCUAAAUGAAUUAUAUGUUGUAAAACCCAAAUUUGAGAAAGUAAUGAGCAAACUUUUUUUUUCUUUA